AUGUCUACUCCAAAAGUGUGGACGCAGCCAGGGUGGCAGGAAUAUCUAUCUGCUCGAAAUGCUGGACUGCCAUAUCUCCCGGCUGUCACGGAACUCAGCACAGAGGUGGUGAGAAUACUUGGCGGAAACCCAGGCAACAUGCAACUACAGGGAACCAAUACGUAUCUAGUGGGAAGCGGCCAGUCACGAAUUUUGAUAGAUACAGGACAAGGAUGCCCAAUCUGGCUCACCACUCUGGUCAAAUAUCUUGACCAACACCAGUUGAGCAUCUCCCAGGUGCUGCUGACCCAUUGGCAUACCGAUCAUACCGGUGGUCUCCCGGCGCUACUGGCUCAGUAUCCACAUCUGGCCGCGGCGGUCCACAAGGCUCGUCCGGACAGCGGCCAACAUUCGAUCCACGAUGGGCAGACUUUUACUGCUCAAGGAACUACAUUACGAGCCUUGUUCACGCCCGGACAUAGUCAAGACCACAUGUGCUUUGUCUCAGAGGAAAGCGGUGCCAUGUUCACAGGCGACAACGUGCUUGGACAUGGAACCAGUGUUGUUACGGAGGAUCUAGGGGAAUACAUGAAGAGUUUGCAAGUUAUGACGCGCAGUAUCUACAAUGAAGAUAUAACAGUUGGAUACCCCGGACACGGUGCGGUGAUUGAAGACCUGCCAGCCAGACUCAUAGUCUGGAGCAGACACUGGGAACUUCGAGAAAAGAAGGUCUUGUCAGCGUUUAUUGGGGGCAAUACAAAGAUUAUGGCAUCAUUUACGACACGGGAGAUCAUUCUACGCCUUUACGGGCCUGAGCUGGAGGCAAUGGCGGGACCAUUCGUAGCUCAGGUUCUAUCGAAACUAGCCGAUGAGGGGAAGGUUGGACUGGCUGUCACAGCACAAGAGAAGAAGUGGUUUAUGUUAUAA